AUGCCUGCUCCAAUCCCUACUGCUUUGCCGGCUUCGAUGGCCACCAUGGUGCAUCAGGGUUCGCCACGCCCGCACUCCACGAUGAUGGCGCAGCAGAUGCCGCCAGCCGUGCCUCAGAGGCCUAUGUCCAUGCCUCCAAAUGGAUCGGGGUCUCCAGUACAGUUUGAACCCGUCUGCAGAUACGAGGACACGCAGGCAAUUCGCACUGUGGCUUUCCAUCCGACUGGGCGGUACUUCGCUAUAGGAACAAAUUCAAAACAGUUGCACAUAUGUAGAUAUCCCGACAUCAGGAAACUGAGUGUAACGGACCAAGUUCGACAUCCAGAAAUUCUUCUCUCUCGUCCCAAGCAGCACAGAGGAUCCGUUUACUGCUUGGGCUUCAACCCGACUGGCGAUUUGCUAGCGACUGGCUCCAAUGAUAAGACUUUGAGGCUUAUGGCGUUUAGCUCAGAUGUGUGUAAGAUUGGAGCUGAGAUGGAAUUUGGUUUUCAUGACGGAACCAUUAGAGAUGUCGUUUUCCUCGAAGAUAGCGCGAACAGGAGCUGA